CAGAUCUUAUUGCUUACAAAAAUGUACCACAAAACCAUGCGUUUAGAAUGUUAUUGGGGUUUCUCGAAGUUCCUAGUGAUUGCCACUUCCAAGACGGAAGAGUCUCCAGGUUGAUGGUCGGUGGACUCUGCGUUUCAUCUUCUCAGGCAACAUCUCGAUCCUUUUUACCUGAAAUAAAGCUCCUCAUAACAUCCUCAUGCUUGGGCCUGUAAAUGCACUUCUGAGGAACCUUAGCGUGGUCGCGUUAUCUCUGAACUUCUGAACACAGAGAGAGAGAGAGAGAGAUAUGGCACAGACAUUAUUAGCUAACCAUCUGCAACCUCUUCUCCAAAAGCCAGCCGGUCUCGCUCUAAAGGAUGGUUGCUGUCGCUUGAGCUGCAGAAAGAAAGACAUCCACCCGACCUUCUACUUUGACGCCAAGGUCUACUGCAAGGGGGAGUUGGUGAUGACCACCGGCGGGACGCAACGGGAGUAUGUAGUCGAUAUGUGGUCUGGUAACCACCCCUUCUAUCUUGGAGACAGGUCUGGAGAUAUGGUUUAUGACGAUCAGGCAGAGAAAUUCAAGAAGAAAUACGGGUCUCUCUCUAGGUUUAUGGAGAUUCCCGUGCUCAAACACGGGGAAAUUGUGUUGCCCACCAAGAAAGCCAAGCCAGCAAAGGGGAAGGGCAAGAAAUGAAAGAUGGGUUUUGCUUUAGCCAUGUUUCUCUUCCUCUUCCCUUCUUCUUUUAUUGGGUUUAUGGAUCUUUUGUUAAUGUCCGAAACUUCCGUUUGUGGUUACAAAUAUUUUGUCGUUCCUGCUUUUUU